UCUCUUCCCCGCCAUGCUCGGACUCGCCAGCCUGUCCCUUCUCUCUCUCGCGGCCCUCUCCCUUGCCCAAGACCUCGGCGUGCCGCUUAAGUGGAGGAAAUUCUCCAACGACCGUUCAGAUGCCGAAAUCAUCAAGAUCUCCGAGGCCGCCAUCGACGCUAUCCUCCCGAAACUGAAGAAAGAUACGGGCGAGUUCGACGGCAUUGGCUACUGGCAGUCGGGCAAUGUCUGGGCGUCCAUGGCGAACGAGGACUAUCGCGCCGGCACGACGAAGUACAAGGACCAAGUCGUCAACCAGCUGAAGAACGUGUGGGGUCUGCGUGACAACUAUGAUCAGUGGGGGUUCAACGAUGACGCUGCAUGGUGGGCUACCGCGGCCAUCUACGCUUGGCGUGCGUACAACGACAAGGACCUGUUGAACAACGCCAUCAAGACGUGGGAGCACAUCAGCACAUACGCCAUCUCCGACGACGACGCCAAGGCAGGCAAGAUCUCGACGAAGGACUUCACCUUCAAGGGAACAUGCAAUGACAAGAGCAUGGCCGGCGGUGUCUUCUGGAAAACCGAGAAAGGCAGCGACGGCAUCAACAGCAUCACCACAGGCCUCUACAUGACCCUCUCCGCCUACCUCGGCGAGGCCACGGGCGACGACAAGUACAUCACGGCCGCCGAGAAGAGCUUAGCCUGGAUCCGCAACAUUAACAUGAAGGACAACCUCGCCCUCGACUCCAUCACGGCUAAGGACUGCAAGCACGGCGCGGACUGGCUCUUCACCUACAACACUGGCAAGCUGCUCGAGGGCCUUGAAAUCCUGGUGGACUUGACCGACAACGACGACUACAGGAAGCUCGCCGCCAACGUCGCGAACGCGGCCAUGAAGACAAAUGCGUGGCACCGCGACGACGGCGUCAUCAAAGAGGGCGCCUACCCCAACGAGAACAACGACGCCGUCGGCUUCAAGUCCGUCCUCGUCCGCGCCCUCGACGAAGCGUACAACCGCCGGAAGGGCGACAACGAGGCGCUGCGCAUCCUCAUCCAUUCGUACGUCUGCGUGCAGUUCAACGCCCUCCUCGACCUCGCGGCCAAGGGAGACACGUACUCCAGUUCGUGGACCGGGCCCGCUCAGGACUUCACGACGUGGGGCCAGAUGGCGGCGCUCGACGUCUUCGUCGCCGCUAUCAAUGCGGCCUGAGACGAGGGUGGUGGCAGUGGUAGGGUGGCGUCUGAGCAAGUUUAGCAGGAUCGCGCCCAAGUCCAUCUGUCUUUACGAUCUUUACUUCAAGUUAUUCUGUCUGUGAAUGUGCUUGAGGGUAAGAAGAAUCAGCUACUCCUCGCGGUAGAAGUCAAGCACAUCCCAUGGCUUUACGUUGAUCAGCGCGUCUACAUGCAGC